AUGAUUUACAUGACUUGCAUGGGGGCCUUAGUUGUGCUCCAAUGGUUGAUGGUAAAAGCAGUGUUAACACUUCCUAUUUUUGGUUACAAGUGUGAUACCAAGACUAAGUUGAAAGAUGAGAGUGUGCUUGCGAGACAGCAGAAAGAGACUCUGCGACUAUUUGUGUUUCUUGGAUCCGGAGGCCAUACAGGUGAGAUGUUGAGAUUGCUGCAAAACUACGAAAAGACGUUAUUGGCUGCUAAGAACGAGAUCUACGUAGGUUACUCUGACGAUGCAAGUCUGGCAGCUUUCCAGCGUCUGGAAAAGAAGUUUUCUGAUGUAAAGGUCAGCUACAUAAGAUUUGGGAAAGCCCGCGAAGUGGGUUCGUCCAAGUUGCAAUCUCUCGUUAGCAUAGCCCGCACAUUAUUACAAUCGAUCCAGUCACUCACGUGGCUAAAGUACCAAUUUUUAGGCCAAUCGCACCUGGUGCUGCUGAACGGCCCAGGCACCUGCUGUGUCAUUUCCUACUGGCUUAAACUGCUGGAGAUCCUCACAUGCACGCGCAGUAAGAUUCUGUAUGUUGAAAGUCUUGCGCGCACUGACAGUCUGAGCCUAACAGGAAAGCUUUUAUACCCGAUUGUCGAUGAGUUUGUUGUUCAGUGGGAGGAGCUUCACACCCAUUACGAACGAUCAAAAUGCUUCGGAAUCCUCGUUUAA